CUACGGUAUUUAUACAAGGUAUAAACUGAAAUUGGGAAAUCUUUUAAAGGCAGAAGUUAUUCGUCAUGGAAAUUGCUCAUUUCAAGCACAAAUUAGAUGCAGAAAGUAUCGAAGAAAGCAUCAAGCCCAUUCUAAGGCAGUUGAGACCAGAUUGGAACAUCAACGAAGUCAAAUUCAAACAGUUCAAUGAUGGAAUCAGUAACAUGCUCGUGGGCUGCAAUAUGCCGAGUCUUGCUCCCGGCGAGAUGAUCCUUUUCCGAUUGUUCGGGAAUAAAACCGAGCUUUUUAUAGAUCGGGAAAAAGAGCUGGAAACCUUUCAGAUUUUGCACUCUAAGGGCUACGGACCCCCUGUCUACGGGACUUUGGAGAAUGGUCUGUCGUACGGAUUUUUGGAGGGGGAUGUUCUCGACACCGAUAUGAUUGCGGACCCGCAUAUAUCUUCACUAUGUGCUCGUCACGCAGCUCAGUUACACGCAAUCAAAAUUGAUCACGAGAAUUCCAAACAUAGAGCAGAACCAAUGCUUUUCAAUGGAAUGAUGAAAUACUUGAAUCUUCUUCCCGAAAAGUUUGAAGACCCGGAGAAAAACGAAAGGUUUGAACAGCAAGCUCCCAGCAAAGCUAAAUUAAAGGAGGAGAUUGAAAGCCUCAAGAGUGUUUUACUAAAACACAAAUGUCCUGUGGUGUUCUGUCAUAAUGACAUGCUCUGUAAAAAUUUACUUUACAAUAAAGAUAAAGAUAUUAUUCUUAGUAUUGAUUAUGAGUAUGCCAGCAUGAACUUCUUGCCUUUCGACAUAGGAAAUCACUUCUGUGAAUAUGCAGGAGUGGAUGAGGUUGAUUACAAUUUAUAUCCCAAAAGAGAACAUCAGUUAAAAUGGAUUGCUGUUUAUCUUGAAGAAGCUGCAAGAUUAAGAGGUGAGACAAAUCCUAAAAUUUCUGAUGCAGAAAUAGAAAAGCUGUAUGUGCAAGCCAAUCACUUUGCUCUGGCAGCUCAUUUCUAUUGGUCAUUGUGGGCCUUGGUGCAAGCACACUUCUCAGCUAUUGACUUUGAUUUCUUAGGGUAUGGAAUAACUCGUUUUAAUGAGUAUUUCAGAAGAAAAGAGGAGUUCUUGGCAUUGUCUUAUGAUUAGUGACCAAGAUCAACAGAUGUCUCUUGAUAAAGUAGCAAUAUUGUUAGUAAAUUAGUUUAAUUGUAGGAAGCACAACUUUUAAGGCUGUGUUGUAUUAGUGGUCAAUCCUUGGCUGUAAGAAAAAUCCUUGUAAUAAGCAUGAAUUUAUCAUAAAUGGUUUAGUACUAUCUUACAAUCUGAGCAACAUUUGAUCAAAGAUUCUGAUUCUUAUCAUCUCAAGGGAAUAAGACAUACAUAUUUAUAAGUAAUAUGCUACAAAAUAAAAGUGGAUAUUUUUUUAUUAUCAGGUAACAUCUGCACCAAACCAGGAUAACUAAUGAUUAUAGGCAUUUCCUGAGUAACAACUGUGUUAAGUUGAUACCAAGCAGUUUUAUUUUCAUGUGCUGGUCACAACAUAAAAUCAUUAUCAAACGUUUUUGUUGUUAAUAAAUUAGGGGUAUGAUUAUAGUAGUACUUUGUCAGGAAGAGGAAGAAGUGGAUCAAAUCUAAGAUAAAACUUGUCCGUGAAAGCUUAGAUCUGUGGUACUAAUACAGUCUGAAUAAAAAAAAUUAUAAACUCAAACAAUUGGCUUUUGCUUCCUAGUACUAUUAAGUUGUUGAUAAAUGUUGAUAAAGUAGAAAGGAAAAAAAAUUAAUAGAAAGAAAAAAUAAGACAUGGCCUAUCUUCUUUG